CGUGCAGCUCCAGUCUCGGUCGUCGGUAAUCGGUGUAGCGUUGCAACGGGAUCGACUGGGGACAUCGUGGACGCGUCCUCUACACGUGGUGCUGUGACCGCGCGACGCGACCACGCGAUGUCGGUCAGCUACGCCAGGAUGAAGUCGUGCCACGAGGCGCCGUCGCCGACGUCGUCGACGUCGCCCGCGUCGCCCACGUCGCCGACGUCGCCCGCGUCGCCGGCGUCGCCGACGCCGCCGUUGACGAGUACGCCGAGCAGCGCGCCCAGGCGCGCCGGCGACGAGGAGGACUGGCGGAUGCAGCUGGCGUUCUGCAAACCCCGUCACAACGUCACGAUCGAAUACGUCAAUUGUAUCAGUCAGACCUGGCGAAUGAAGGAGCGGAUGAAAACCGUGAGCGUUGCCCUAGUAUUGUGCCUCAACGUUGGCGUCGACCCACCGGACAUCGUCAAGACACAACCGUGCGCCCGCCUCGAAUGCUGGAUAGAUCCCUUGUCGGUGAGUCCUCAAAAAGCCCUCGAGACCAUAGGCUCGAAUUUGCAAAAGCAGUACGAGCGAUGGCAGCCGAGAGCGCGCUACAAACAAAGUUUGGAUCCCACCGUUGAGGAAGUUAAGAAGUUAUGUACGUCCUUAAGGCGAAACGCCAAAGAAGAGAGAGUUUUAUUUCACUACAACGGUCACGGGGUGCCCAAACCUACUACUAAUGGCGAAAUAUGGGUGUUUAAUAGGACGUAUACACAAUACAUUCCAUUGUCGGUGUACGACUUGCAGACUUGGAUGGGUGCGCCUAGCAUUUAUGUAUACGAUUGUUCCAAUGCAGGUAUAAUAGUAGAGUCUUUCCAACAAUUUGCCGACCAGCACGAAAAGGAGUACGAGAUGGAAAAACAGCAAAAUCGUGCGACCGGGGUGACGUGUCCUGCGGCACCGUGUUAUAAGAAUUGUAUUCAAUUAGCAGCCUGUGCGGCUAAUCAGAUCUUACCUAUGAAUCCGAAUCUACCUGCGGAUAUAUUUACGUCAUGCCUCACUACGCCCAUAAAAAUUGCGAUACGCUGGUUUGCGAUGCAACCUACGUCCAAAUUGGUUCCCAACAUAUCGCUUGAUCUCAUUGACAAAAUCCCUGGGCAGUUGACCGAUAGGAGAACAAUGCUAGGCGAACUUAAUUGGAUAUUUACCGCCAUUACUGACACAAUAGCGUGGAACACUUUACCGAGAGAUUUGUUUCAAAGAUUAUUUAGACAAGACCUCUUAGUCGCCAGUCUCUUCAGAAACUUUUUGCUAGCGGAGAGGAUACUUCGCUCUUACGAUUGCACGCCAGUUUCUUCUCCCAAAUUACCACCAACUUAUCAGCACCGCAUGUGGCAAGCUUGGGACAUGGCGCUUGAUCUGUGCUUGGCGCAAUUACCAACGGUUCUGGACAAUGAAGAGCGAUACGUGCAUUCGUCAUUCUUCGAGGAUCAACUCACGGCUUUCCAAGUGUGGCUCAACUUGGGAUCGAAAAAUCGCAGUCCGCCUGAACAGCUUCCAAUUGUCCUCCAAGUGCUAUUGAGUCAAGUCCACAGGCUGAGAGCGUUAGAGCUGCUAGGGCGUUUCCUUGACCUCGGCCCAUGGGCUGUGAACCUAGCACUUAGCGUCGGCAUCUUUCCGUAUGUGUUAAAAUUAUUACAAAGCAACGCCAGAGAACUUCGACCCCUUCUCGUGUUUAUAUGGGCAAAAAUUUUGGCGGUGGAUAACACUUGCCAAGCAGACCUUGUACGCGAUGGCGGCCACAAAUAUUUCCUGUCCGUGUUGCAGGAUACUUCUAUCCCGAGCGAGCACAGAACAUUAGCCGCGUUUGUAUUGGCUAGUAUCGUGAACGAUUAUCGGCCGGGCCAAGUGGCCGCGAAUCAGGGCAAUCUCGUUUCGAUAUGUCUGGAACAAUUGGGAGACAGCAAUUCUUUGCUGCGACAAUGGCUUUGCUUGUGCCUAGCGCGGCUUUGGCAUAAUUUCGAUAAGGCGAGAUGGUGCGGUGUCAGGGACAUUGCGCACGAGAAAUUAUUCACCCUACUAAAGGAUCCCGUCCCAGAGGUUCGGGCAGCUAGUGUGUACGCAUUGGGCACAUUCGUAAACAGUGUCACGACGAGAAGCGAGCAUGCGAAUAAUAUCGAUCAGAUAAUCGCUAUGACACUUAUUAAUACGAUUUCUCACGACAUGUGUCCGUUGGUUAGAAAAGAAUUGGUUGUGGCUCUUCAAUGGAUGGUGCUACACUUUGAAAAUUCCUUCGUUACGUUAGCCAUGGCCGAGGAGAACAGUCGAAAGGACCUCGUCGUGGAAACUCUGUCCCCAUUCAGCGGUAUGAGACGCAUUAGCUCGCGCGACAGACUCAAGAUGUUGUCCCCUAACAAUACAUACACCGUAGAUACGACCGAUGGAUUUGGGCCGCAAGACCGCAUCAAGAGAGUAUCGUCUUCGUCGUCCAUUAGCAGCCUAGGUAAUAAUUGGGAGUUCGUGAGGAAACCUUGCGAGUCACUUGGUCACGGUUCUCUUGGCAACUUACCGAGUCUCUCCUAUGGUAGUGUUUAUAUGAAAUUGUGGCACGGAUUGUGUAAUCUCGACAAUGAUCCUCAUCCGGUGGUUGGUGCUAUGGCUCAAAAAGUUACAAAUCAUAUUCGUAACAAGGUGAAAGCAUCUUCCACCCCCAAAGAAGUAGUCGAGACGAAAAUCUCCUCGUCGUUGUCCCUCCCGCCGUCUCCGUCAAAUCGGACGGGUUAUUUGAGCAAAGGAGAAUCACCACCGCCGGCUGUCAACUCUGGAACGGACCUGCUGCGUUCUUCGAGAGUUCUGCCGCACAGCAGCCGCUCGAGGAAACCUGUUCCUAACACAAUAUCUGAAGAAGCGGACGAAGCACCCGGAGUUAAAACUCCAUUGACUACAUCUCAGUUCGUCGAAUGGAGUUGCGCGCAGUUUGCUCAGCCUGUUAGUUUAGAGGACGAGAUGGACGAUGUAGAGAGCAGACCAUACCUCGAGCGAGAAUGGCGAUUUAUACGUAACGCGAAACAAAAACAAGACGCAAGGGAGGAACAGUUGCGUGCACCGCAAAGUAAGAUGGAAUCGCAAGUGUAUCACGCGAGGUGUUCUCAGUCACCUCAAGUUCUGGUUUUUCAUCCGUUUGAACCACAUUUGGCCGUGGCGCUGAAGGAUUGUUUCGGCAUAUGGGAUUACCAGAGUGGUGCCAAGUUGACCUACUGCACGAGUCAAGGAAUGAAAGUAAAAUCGCGCAUCACGGCUCUCGAAUUCAUCAACUCUCACGAUUUGACUCUACUGAUGGCAGGUUCCGACGACGGUUCCGUACAAAUCUGGAAGAAUUACAGCGGUACGAUAAGCCGUGAUCCGAUACUGCUCACAGCUUGGCAGGCGCUGGCGGACGUGCAACCUGCAACCAAGACUUCUAGCGUGACAGCACGACUCGUGACGAAAUGGGAGCAGAAAUCACUCACUCUAGCGGUAACGGGCGAUGUUCGCAUCGUAAGGCUCUGGGAUGCGGAAACCGAGUUGAAGAAACAAGAUAUUCCAACAGGCGCCGAUUGUUGUACCACAUGCAUCGACGUUGACGGCACAGGCGCGUUAAUGGCCCUGGGCUGUGGCGACGGAUCGGUUCGACUCUUGGACCGAAGAUUGCCGCCGGCAGAAGCAAGAGUUAUGACUUGGAGGGAACACACCGCUUGGGUGUCGGGCACGUUUUUAAGGCAAUCCGAGGGAGCCGCGCUGCAACUGUUUACCGGAUCCUCCACAGGCGACAUAAAAAUUUUUGAUCUUAGAAAAAAUUCCUCCGUGAGCACGAUUCCAAUAGCACCGGGCAUUGCGGCAUUGACUGUGCACGAAAUAGCUGACGUUUUCGCUUGUGGCACCACGAAUCACUGCAUAAGCGUCUACAAUAUAUUGGGACAACAUCUCAAUACGAUAAAAUUUCACGAAGGAUUUAUGGGUACGCGCCUCAGUCCGGUAAGCUGUUUGAGUUUUCAUCCGUAUCGCGUAACUUUGGCGGCUGGCUUCGUGGAUAGUACCUUCACGGUAUACGAGCCACGUAGAUGACUAUUAGAGAUGGAACUUGUGUAAGAUCCUUGUAGAAUUUUGUAAAUUUAUAAAAGUGACUCAC